AUAAAAAAUACAAUUACUAAAAUAAAAGAUAGUAAAUUAACUGAAGUGGGUAGUAAACUUAAAGGUCCUAAACUAAAUUCGAUCGGCAUUCUUAAGUCGCACAAUUAUACAACGGAAACUCAUACGGUUACCACUAGUGAUGGCUUUAUACUGACCAUGUUCCGUAUACCGCCGAGGGAGCCAAAGGAGAACGCACCCAUUGUCUUUAUGCAGCACGGAAUGACGGCCACGUCGGAUAUUUAUUUGCUCAACGGUCCCAAUAAUGGCUUAGCCUAUAUGCUAGCUGAUGUGGGCUAUGAUGUGUGGCUGGGCAAUGCGCGAGGCACUCGAUAUGGUCGAAGACACACAAAGCUCAGUCCCAAAAUGAAGGAAUUUUGGCAGUUUAGCUGGCAUGAGAUUGGCACCAUUGAUGUGCCUGAAUCUAUAGAUCAUGUGUUGAAGCUUACCGGUCAGGAUGCUGUGCAUUAUGUGGGGCACUCACAAGGUGGAUCCACCUAUUUAGUAAUGAUUUCCAUGAAGCCAGAGUACAAUCAGAAAAUGAAGACGGUGUCACUGCUUGCUCCUGCCGUCUACAUGAAAGGUCUAAAACUACCCAAAGUCUUGACUACUUACCUAACUGCACGUGGCGAUGCGGAGUUCAUGCCAUCGAGAACCUUAUUGAAGACGAUAGAGCCGCUACUAUGCGAUGUGAAUAAUAAGGUGUGCUCCAAACUUUAUUUCUUGACGGGUCGUGAUUCGGAUGCAACCAAUCGUACUAUAUUGCCUUUGUUGCUGGCCACACAUCCAGGUGGCGCAUCCACCAGACAACCACUUCACUAUUGGCAACUGUCCAAAUCGGAUAACUUUGCGCAGUUCGACUUUGGCGAAGCGGAAAACCAAAAACGUUAUGGACAAGAAAAGCCACCCGAGUAUAAAUUAUCAAAUAUUAAUAAGAAGGCAUGGAUCAGCAUAUUCUAUGGCAAGAAUGAUGAAAGGGUUUCCAAGAGUAGUAUAAUGAGACUGCAGAAACAAUUGCAUCGUCCAAUUAUGAAUGAAAUGCCAAAGGGCUGGAAUCAUCUGGAUUUUGUGAUAGCCAAUGAUGUUAAAGAACAUGUUAAUAUACCCAUAAUACAAAAAGCCAAUGGGUAUGAGAACAGGCAUAAAGGAAGAAAAAAUAAGAAGAAGAAGAAAGAGGUUGCAAAUAAUACUGAAACCGAAUCGUAGACAGAGGCUUUGUAUUUCAAAUAUUUACUAUAUAUUAUUACUAUACGUUUUAAUUAGUUGGAAUGUUUACAGUUUAUAAUAAAAUAUAAAUCAAGCAU